GUAUUUCUUCCUUUUCGAUUGGAAUUUUCCAUCACACUGUGGUGUCUGUUUCUUUGUGGCAAAGUUAGAUUCCUGCCCUAGCAUGAUGUUCCAGGAGGGGUCCAUACAGCUUGUGUGCCUCACGGCCAGCAGUGGGGUUCCCCUAUUCACAAGGGGGGCCUCCAGGCAACUCCCCUUUUCAAUCAUUGGGUCCCUGAAUGGCGUUCACAUGUUCGGAAGUGGACAAGGGGUGACGUUGUCCAGCUGCGAGACCGAGGGCGGCGGGAGAGUGGUGUGGCGAGUUUUCCAGGACAGUGUGAUGCUCAUCGCUGUGAAUGCGAGCCAGCAGGCAGGCCAGGGUGUGGAAAGCAGCGGCCAGGGUGUGGAAAGCAGCAAAGGCGAGCGCCUGCAUCUCCAGCGCCUCCUGGAGAACGUGUGGAACUGCAUGGUGAUGGUGCUUGGCCAGGAUGAGCUGGUUAACGCCAAGAACUUGGAGCGGUUGAAGAGGGACCUGCGCUCUUGCUUCAGCCUCGUCGAUGAGCUGCUGGAGGAGCGGCGCCCAGGCAUCCUGGGCCACCUGACACACUGCGCUGACUGUCUGCUGCCCCCACAGCCAGUCCCCCUCCAGGAGGCAGUGCAGAGCUUCGCCAAAGCCGCCGACAGCGAGUUCGGCUGCCUCCUGAUCCAUGGGCGGGUCGCCGCCGCCACAGAGAUGUGGUGGCGCCUGGCCCCUCAGGAAAUAGUCCUGCUCUCAGCUGUAAUGCGAGCCCUUUCUGACUCCGGCGCCGCCUCUUGUGACUACCCAGUGUUCCUCCCGCAGGGCAGCCCUACAGUAGCUCACCGUCUCCUUCGCUUCCAGCUGCUCCCCGGGGCUGACGUGUGCGUGCUGUGCGGCCCUACGCCCUCCCUGCACGGUGCUGAAAGCACCCUGGUGGGCCGCUUCUGGUCACCCCUAGUGGACAAUCUGAGAGACUGCCUCGCCAUCGGAGAACGCUGCCUUCCCUCAUCCGUCACUUUACGGCCUGACGUACUGGCCCUCCUACUCAUCAACCGCGAAAACCACCGCUCCGUUUCCUGCAUGCCCGCCCCCUCGUGCGCCUACCCCCAAAGGGACCCACCCUCACCCUCUGAGGCUCGCUGCUGGGAGCUGCUGAAGCGCUUCUACAUUUUCUGCAUGACACGCUAUUUCAAGCAGGAGGAAGCGGAGGGCACCACGGAGGAGGAGGGGGGCACCCACCAAGGAAACACCGAGGACUUUGUAAAUGGAUUCUCCCACCAGCCACUGAAGUGCUAUGUGAUCACAGAUGAGUGUAAAAGUUUCGCGCUGCAGACGCCGCAGCAUCAACUCUUCCUGCUAACGCCACUGACGGCGCCAACAUUUGCCCUGAACACCAUUGCCGCACAAACUCUCUCAAGUAUUAUUGCUGCUACUGGUUUCUAAUGACCUUAUUUCUGACAUCCCCCAAGGGUUAAAAGUCCUAACUUCGUACCAUUAUUACCCCCUUUUACACUUCAUGGCCCACUUACCAAAAUGGCUACCACACUUGACUUGCUGCCUGCAACAAUGGGCUCCGAUGCAAAGACGUUACUGCUCAGAGAUAUUCAUUUAACUGUGUUUAUUAGAUGGAGAGAUCUAUCUUCAGGAGCUGUAUAUGCUAUGUGAAGCCAUAUGAGAAGUAUUAGGAUAAAGAUGCAACUACAGUAUGUCUUUUAUUUUUUAAGUAUAUGUUUUUUCUGCAUUUUGAAUAUAAGAAAGAAAUUUAACAAUGUGAUGUGUUCUAUUUCUCGUAGUUUAUCCUUGUUGACAUAAUAUGACAUAUUUGGAAUGGUCACAGAAAUGCUGAAUGAUUCAUAAAUUAGUUAAUGCUAACAUUUUAUUUAUUUUAGACACAAGUGUUAUCCCAGCUGUAUUUGUUCUGUUAUAUUGUUUGUAAGAUUUUAUUUUAACAUACAUACAUGUUACAAUUAAUAUAAAAAUAUAUAUUAUUAUCAAGUAUGCCCGGUCCCCUUGAAAGGGGCUAUAUAAAUGCAUUAAAACGAUUUCAUUUA